GUUCUCAAUAACUCUUCUCCGAUCACUUCAAGUGAAGUAAAUCUGGUAGCGAAGCUAUUCUAGUCAAUUGGAUCUUUGGUGCUGCUAGGAGAUUGGCGGAAUAAGUGGUUGUUUGUUAGUUGAUUUUGCAAGAUUUGAGUUAUGGUGGAACUGGAGGAGCAGCAAAGCCCAUCUUCAGAUCAAGAUGGUGAUGGAGAUAUUGUCACUGAAGCUAUGUCAGUUGUGCGUGGAGAAUUGCCACAAGAUGAAACUGGGGUCCCUAAAGUAGAUUCAAAGAUGGAAGUCCUCCAUGAGAAAGUCCAGAAGCAAAUUAUCAAGGAAGGCCAUGGUCAGAUGCCAUCAAAAUAUGCAACCUGCUUCUUGCAUUACAGGGCUUGGACCAAAAGUACUGGGCACAAGUUUGAAGAUACAUGGCACGAGCAACAACCUCUUGAGCUAAUAAUUGGAAAGGAGAAAAAGGAGAUGGCUGGGUUGGGCAUCGGAAUUUCCAGCAUGAAGGCUGGUGAACGCGCAUUGCUACAUGUUGGUUGGGAAUUAGGCUAUGGGAAAGAGGGAAGCUUUUCUUUUCCAAACGUUCCUCCAAUGGCGGAUAUUGUAUAUGAAGUCGAAUUGAUUGGUUUCGAUGAGACCAAGGAAGGAAAAGCUCGCAGUGACAUGACAGUAGAGGAGAGAAUCGGUGCAGCAGAUAGAAGAAAGAUGGAUGGGAAUGCUUUAUUCAAGGAAGAAAAACUCGAGGAGGCAAUGAACCAAUAUGAAAUGGCCAUAGCAUACCUAGGUGAUGAUUUCAUGUUCCAGCUGUUUGGAAAGUACCGCGAUAUGGCUUUGGCAGUAAAAAAUCCGUGCCACCUCAAUAUGGCAGCAUGCUUGAUAAAGCUCAACCGUUAUGACGAAGCAAUUGUGCAUUGUGGUAUUGUGCUAGUGGAGGAUGAAAACAAUGUGAAAGCAUUGUUCCGAAGAGGCAAAGCUAGAGCCGAGCUGGGGCAAACAGAUGCGGCUCGUGAAGAUUUCCUGAAAGCACGAAAACAUGCCCCGCAGGACAAAGCAAUAGCAAAAGAGCUGCGAGCAUUGGCAGAACACGACAAAGCUGUAUACCAGAAGCAAAAGGAGCUUUACAAAGGAUUGUUUGGACAAAAGCCGGAUCCCAAACCGGAGCCGAAAAAUUGGCUGGUUAAAAUAUGGCUGUGGGUGCUGUCAUUGUUUCAUCGACUUCUCAGGAAACAGCGGCACAAGGCUGACUAAGACUUCAUUUUCGUGUCGUGGCUCCCAGGUAACUUAUAUAACUCCUUCAACUCUAGGGGAAUCCUUUUUAUGAUAUGUCACUGAAUAGAAUUCUUGAUUGCAAGUAAGUUUUCUUAGCUCUGGUUUUGUGAUUAUGACAGUUUCUUGAUGCAAUGUUUAUCUUAAGAAAUGCUAAGAAGGUGGACAGUUUCAAUGGAAUGGUCGAACACUUGGAUUGGUUAAUGGAUGCAUUAGUUUGUUUAUUA